GAAAGAACCCUGGAGUCUGGAUCAUAUUUGUCCUUUAUCAUAUUCAUUGUUUUUAUGUCCUUGCUGGAUUCUGUAGAGGGCGUGAUGUCUUCAGAAUCCUUCCAGAAUUUCAUUGGACAGCCGAAGUCACGUGAGGGUGUUGAGUUCCGGAUGGUCUCCGCUCACGACAGAUGGAGCGUGUGUUAGGUUUAGGCGUUGGGCCAUUGGCAGCUGGGACUGUCGGGUUGCUGAUUUUGCUGAAAGUGAUCCAGAGAUUGAGACACAAGCAGAAUCUUCAGGAUAAAGUGGUGGUGAUCACUGGAGCCAGUUCAGGCCUGGGCAAAGAGUGUGCAAGGGUUUUCCAUGCGGCAGGGGCCCGACUGAUCUUGUGUGGACGGGACCAGAAGAGACUGCAGGAGGUCGUAGAGGAGCUCAGAAACAAAACUUAUGGAAAGAUACAGACUUACUCUCCCUGCACUGUGACCUUUGACCUCUCCAACACAUCUCGGGUUUCCAGUGCCGCCGAGGAGAUUUUGAAGUGCCACGGUCAUGUCGAUGUCCUCAUCAACAAUGCAGGCAUUAGUUAUCGUGGCAACAUCCUGGACACCCAUGUAUCAGUUCAGCGUGAUGUCAUGGAGACGAACUACUUCGGCCCUGUUGCUCUUACACAAGCCAUCCUGCCUUCGAUGGUGGAUAGACGCAGUGGACACAUUGUUGUCAUCAGCAGCGUGCAGGGAAAGAUCUCCAUACCGUACAGAUCUGCGUAUUCUGCAUCGAAGCACGCGACGCAGGCCUACUUUGAUUGUUUGAGGGCAGAGGUCAACAGGCUCGGCCUGCAGGUGUCUGUCAUCAGCCCUGGUUACAUCAGAACAAACCUGUCCAUCAAUGCAGUCAUGGGGGACGGCUCAAAAUAUGGAGUAAUGGACAAAACCACAGCGAAGGGACGGGAUCCAGUGGACGUGGCACGUGCUGUUCUGAAAGCUGUCUGUCACAAACAGAAAGACGUGGUUUUGGCCGGGAUGCUGCCUACUGCAGCCGUCUAUCUGCGUACUCUGUGGCCCGCUCUCUACUUCAGACUGAUGGCUUCACGGGCCGCAAAAGAACAGAGACUGAAGGAGGAAUAAGAGAAAACGCUAUUAAAAGAAAUCUUUCUUCUGAAGGAUUCAUAGCUAAAAAGUUUCAUUUUUGUGUCUAAAAGGAAAUGUAUUUAAUAAAUAUUUUAAAAUGGA